AAGGAUUUUUGACUCUUUUUGAGUUCAAACGAAGUGAAGUGAAUACUGAUAUUUUCAGAUUUCCCGAUUCCCGAAAACGUGUAAGCCUUCCGUACAAAAGUAAAUUGUUCAUAUAAAACUUGAGCAAAUUUCUAUUUAUUUGAAAUGGCUGUUAUCCAUAAAAAGAAGUUACCAAAGCCUGGUCUGAAAGGGAAAGGCAAAAAAAAGAAAUUGCAGCCCAAAAAGUUCACAAUUGAUACCAGUCAUCCUGUGGAAGAUGGUAUUAUGGUCGCCACCGAUUUCGAAAAAUUCUUGCACGAGAGAAUAAAAGUCAAUGGCAAGACCAACAAUUUGGGUAAUGCAGUUCAAAUUGAAAGAAGCAAGUCGAAAAUAGCAGUAACAGCAGACUGCAGAUUUUCUAAAAGGUACAUUAAAUAUCUGACUAAGAAAUAUUUGAAGAAACACAAUCUGAGAGACUGGUUGAGAGUUGUUGCCAAUGGAAAGGAAUCAUAUGAACUUCGCUAUUUCCAGAUCAAUAAUGACGAAGAAGAAGAUGAGGAAGAAAAUGAAUAAAAAUAAAAUAUUACUUUGAAAUAUAA